AUAUUUUUGUUCUCUUUCAGUUCUAGUUACCCACCAUUGGGGUGUCCGGUGUGCCGGCGCCAUCUAGUGCACAGCUAGUGUAUUACCAGAAAUACUAAACUGAAAAGACUUCUAGUGGAAACGUUUGCCAUUGAAUUGACACUGAAGAGACUGAGAAAGACUUCUAGUGACUUUCUUGCAAAGCCGAGUUAGUGUCUGGAUUAGCGGAGUGGAGAAUUCCUGUUGUAGAAUUGGGAAACAGGUCCUAUAAUGAUAAGCAGGGUGGACACGUGUUUGCAAUUCUCUACAGCCUCCUUAUCUCAUCCAAAGUCCAUUCGGGAGCCGUGCAUUGGCGUGUACAAGACAGCCGGCUCCACUGGCCCGCUUCUGAGCACCCACGGCGGUGACCCCGAAUGCAGAAAUGGACGACACGACCGCUACUCGGGAAGACUCGGAGAUCGCGUUCUGCCUGGCGAGCGAAGGGGAUUACGAUGACGUCAUGGCCAUCUCUGGCGGGAUCUACAGCGGCAUGGACUACUUGCCGGCGCGGUACCACGUGUGGAUGAAAGAGCCGCACCGAUUGGUGUUCCUGGGAAAGAGGCGCGGCCGAGUGGUGGGUCCCACGAUCCUCGUGGACGGAGGCGAGACCGUGAUCGUGGAGGGUCUGCGUGUAGCACCGGAGGAGCGCGGCCGGGGCGUGGCCGGGCUGAUCCAGAGGCACGUGACCCAAUUCAUCAAGACCCACUACCCCCGGGUCCGAACCAAGAGGCUGACCCGCGGAGACAACCCAGGACCGCAAGCGCUCGCCAAGUUCAGGGUGCUGGCGACACGGGCGAUACUGACCCAGCGCUGCGAGGCCGACUCUGUGGACCGAUUCAUCGACGAGCUGGGAGUCAGAGUGAGGCUGGAGGGGGCGGGGAAGUACCCCCCGGCCCCUCCCCCCGUGACGCUGCAGAGGGAGGAGUUGAGGUCGCUGAUGCUCUCGAACCCCGGAGCCAUCGAUAGGCUCCUCCCCGCCGGGACCAUCAUCCAGGACUGGCAACCCCUGCGCCCCACCGCGGGCAACCUGGACACCCUGGAGACGAGGCCUCUCUCCUGGGCAGUGGACCGGCAGGACGCCCCCGCGGCACUGGUCCUGUGCACCGCCCCCUACCCUAUCCCACAAGGGGGUGGGUCUCUGAGGCUCAACCUGGAUGUUUUUGGGAUGGACCUGGCGGCCGCUAGGCGGGUGCUGGUGUUCCAGAUGGAGCGGGUCCGAGGGGCCCUGGGGAGCGGCAUGGCGGUGCUCCUCAACGUGUACUCGGACCGGACUCUGUGGGAGGGGCUCCGGGAGCUGUGCGAGGGGGCUGGGGUGGUGGCAGGAGGGGUGCGGAGGUACAAGGAGUACUGGGAGCAGCUGCUGCUGGAGGCUGAUUUCUGAAAAGGGGGCGUGAGUCUCUCUCAGUGUGUGCGUGUGUGUCAGUGU